AUGUGCAGCAAGGACCAGAUCACUCACAUCCUCGGGAAGAUCAAUGUGGGCCUGCCGUCUUGGACGCGCAGCGUGGAGGUGGCGGAGGCGGCUCGCGCGCGCCUCGUGCGCUGGGCGUGCGGCGAGCCGGCCGCCGAGCUCGAGCCGCCCAGGAAGAAGAUGCCGCACGCGCUGCGCCGCCGCUGGCCGCUCUGCCCCUGCUUCCAGAAUGACGAGCCCCCGGAGAUCACAUACUGUGUGGUGGGCGGCGAGGGCGGCCUGGCGCUGCAGGCUGUCACCCCGACGCACCCGAUGCCGCCGCAGGAUGAGCUGGACGCCAAAUUCGCAGAGCUGGUGGAGGAGCUGGACCUGACGGCAGUGAACAAGGCGGCCAUGAUGGAACUGCCAGCGGCGAAGAAAUGGCAAAUCUACUGCAGCCGGAGGCCACCACCAGGAGCACCUCCGCUCGCGAGUGCGCCACAAGUCGAGGAGUAUAUCAAGGCUCUUAACGAGAUCGGUGAUGCUUUUUCCUCAUCAGAAGGCGUUCCUCCAGCUGAGGCGUGUGCAUUAGUUGAUGGAUUAAAAACGGCCCUUCGAACAAGAGCACACAGCUUUGUACUUCGUUUCAUCCAACAGGGCGGUCUCACGUCUUUAUUGGAGGCCCUGCAACGAGCCCCGAGGGAUGAUGCCGUCACCAGGCACAAUCUCAUCGCCGGCAUAAAGGCUCUGAUGAACAACUCCACCGGCCGAGCGCACGUGCUGGCACACCCUACGAGCAUCGACCUCAUCGCUCAGUCUCUGGACACGGAGAAUGUGAAGACCAAAGUUGCAGCUCUCGAGAUAUUGGGCGCUGUUUGUCUUGUACCCGGGGGACAUAAAAAGGUGUUGGAAGCAAUGGUCCACUAUCAGAAAUAUGCGGGUGAGCGUGCCCGUUUCCAGGGCAUCGUGAACGAACUGGACCGCAGCACGGGCGCGUACCGGGAUGACUUGGGACUCAAGACUGCCAUAUUGUCAUUCGUCAAUGCAGUGUUAAAUUAUGGUCCGGGCGAGGAUAGUCUUGAGUUCCGUCUGCAUUUGCGAUACGAGCUGCUUAUGUUGGGAAUACAGCCUGUUAUCGAGAAGCUACGCAAAUACGAAAAUGAGACCCUCGACCGUCACAUCGAAUUCUUCGAGAUGGUGCGCAAUGAGGACGAGCGCGAACUGGCGCGGCGCUUCGACAAGCAGCACGUGGACAGCAAGAGUGCGGCCGCCAUGUUCGAGCUGCUGCGCCGCAAGCUCGCGCACACCGCCGCCUACCCGCACCUGCUGUCGCUGCUGCAACACAUGCUGCUGCUGCCGCUGGAGUACAGCCCGCACGCGCAGCACUGGCUGCUGCUAGACCGCGUGGCGCAGCAGCUCGUGCUGCAGCAGGCCGCGCCCGCCAGCCGCGCGCCCUCCGACCGCGCCAGCGACCGCGCCAGCGACCGCGCCAGCGACCGCGCCAGCGACCGCGCCAGCGACCGCGCCAGCGACCGCGCCAGCGACCGCGCCAGCGACCGCGCCAGCGACCGCGCCAGCGACCGCGCCAGCGACCGCGCCAGCGACCGCGCCAGCCUCAGCGACGACCACGCCGACCCGCACAAGGUCUAUGAUCCCGACAUUGCGCCUCUAGAAAUCAACGUGGGUGAAAUCGUCCAUCUCUUGGCGAAAGAAGAGGAACUUGUUGCUGCACGAACAAAAGCAGAGAACCUAGAGAGGGAGAACGUUGAUUUGGCGACCGAGUUGGCUAAAAAGGAGAAGCAACUGGACGAGCAGACUCAAGAAAGGGAGGAGUUGGAGGGAGUCGUCAACAGACUGAAGGAAAGGCUGGAGAGAGAGACGGCCACACACAUGGAAUGCAAGGAGAGGGCGCACCAGCUGGAGCAACAGCUGAGUCACGAGAGGGCUGAAAGAUCGAGGUUCGAGAAACUAGUCAGUGAGGGCAGCAUACCGGAUGAUGCCAAGGUGAGCAACUUGAAGAGCGCGGUGAUAGAGUUGUGCGGCGCGCCGCCACCGCCGCCGCCGCCAAGCUGUCGCGCUGCGCCGCCGCCCCCCGCGCCGCCCGCUCCCCCCGCGCCGCCCGCCGCCCCCGCGCCCGCGCCCCCGCCCGCGCCUCGCCCCAAGAAGAACGUCCCCACGCCCGGAAACCCUCUCAAGAGCUUCAACUGGAGCAAGCUGCCCGACGCCAAGCUACACGGCACCAUAUGGCAGGAGCUCGACGACACGCGCCUCUACUCGGCCAUCGAUCUGCACACGAUCGACAGGAUGUUCUGCGCAUACCAGAAGAACGGCGUUCAUAAUGAUGGAUCGGUUGAAGAUCUAAGGCAAACGGGUUCAAAACCAAGAACUAAAAUUCUCACCGUAAUCGACGGUCGACGUGCUCAGAACUGUACGAUACUGCUCUCCAAACUCAAGAUGACUGAUGAAGAAAUUUGUCGAGCGAUCUUGCGUAUGGACAAGGACGAGCAGCUGCCAAUCGAUAUGGUCGAACAGUUGUUGAAGUUCACACCGAGCGCUGAAGAAGCCGCGUUGUUGGAAGAGCAUCAAGACGAACUGGAAAAUAUGGCGCGUGCCGACCGCUUCCUUUAUGAAAUUUCCAAAAUACCGCACUACUCUGAACGCGUCCGCACGCUGUUGUUCAAGAAGAAGUUCGCGGGCGCGGCGGCCGAGGCCACCAGCCGUGCUUCGGUGGUGCUGCGCGCCGCGCGCGACAUGACCCGAUCGCGCCGCCUCCGAGCCUUGCUGGAAAUCGUACUGGCCUUAGGGAACUACAUGAACCGCGGUGCUCGCGGCAAUGCGUCCGGCUUCAGAUUAACGUCACUCAACAAACUGGCCGACACCAAGUCAAGUGUGACGCGAAACACAACGCUGCUACAUUUUCUAGUCGAGUUGCUCGAGACACAGUUCAAGGACGUGCUGCUGCUGGAGGAGGACCUGCCGCACGUGCGCGCGGCGGCCAAGGUGUGCGCGGAGCAGCUGGAGCGCGACGUGGCGGCGCUGCGCGGCGGACUGCGCGAGGUGGCGCGCGAGCUGGAGUACUUGGCGCCGCGCGCGCCGCACCCGCACGACGCCUUCCUGCCCGUCAUGCGCGACUUCCACGCGCACGCCGGCUGCGCCGUCACGCAGCUCGAGGACCUGUUCCAGGACAUGAAGAGCCGUUUAGAAGCGUGCGCGCACGCAUUCGGCGAGGAGCCGAGCACUUCGCCCGAGCAAUUGUUCGGUGCCAUGGACGCCUUCCUCACGCAGCUGGCCGAAGCCAGGGCAGAGUGCGACGCGGCGCGCCGGCGCAGGGACGAGGAGGAGAGGAGGACCAGGCACGAGCAAGAGCUAAAGAAACGUACAAUGGAGCGUAAACAAGCAUCAAGUCUACUAAGUUCCGUUGGAAAAUCACUAGGGAAAGCAAAUAAUGCGACAGACUGCAAUGGCCAUCAAAAUAGCGACAGCUCCCGUGACGGGACACUAACGAACGGACAGAAAGGCGAAUUUGACGACCUCAUAUCCGCGUUGCGGACGGGCGAUGUCUUCGGUGACGAUGUUGCCAAGUUUAAAAGGUCCCGGAAGGCUUCCAAAGCUUCUCACAAAGGACGAGACUCCCCACCGAGAGGAGUAUGCAGAGAGGACUCGAGGGAGAGACAAAAAAAUUGA